CAACGCGCUCUCGGAUGGAAACUCAAAGACAAGCUCAUCAAGCCGGGGAAGCCACGAGGUGGAGGAAACACUGCGUCAGAGCGACUUACACAUCGCGGAUUACAAAACGUGGCUAAGCACACAUCGGCUUUCUCCCUUUUUCAAACGAGAUGCGCUAUUAUCAAGCGGGAUGGAUCUUCUCGUUAGAGUCGUCAACAGGAAAAAGCGGACAAAUGAUAUAAAACAUCAAGAGGACCAAAUAUAAACGGCGGAAUAUAUGGUAUCGGCUUAGUCAUUCGGACUGAAUAUCCGAAACCCAGUUUUAUUGAUGAUUUAAAUGCCACUUAACGGAUUGCGCGUUCGGGAAAAGGCAUCAAAGCAUUGAUUGUACUUGAAUACAGGAAGUGCACUGCGGCUAAAGAGAGAGCAAACACGGCAUCUGCAUUAUGAAUCACAAAGGAUGAAGGUGAAUGAAAAUGACACCAAUUGAUCCAACUGACACCAACCUUUUUAAUUACAGCACAUGGGACAAUUAGCAAAAUUUUACAGACAGUCAAGAGCAUCUUAGAUUUUACCAUGGUGGAGGUCAUACCUUUAUAAAUUCUAAAUCUGUAGUAGAUAAAAGCCUGAAAAUUCAUCACUGAGCUGCCAUCAGAGGUUAAUGGGUCUCUCUUCACCCCCUGGUUUUUUUAAGUCAUUCCAGACAGCCAGCUCUGGCAUUAUGGAUUGAUUUACAUUUCGAAAAAUGCUAAUUGGAUUCUCUGGGUUAUAAACUAGUUUCAUAUACAAGAAAACCACAAGAGACCAAAUGUGUAUUUGAUAAUAAUCACAUAAAAUAUAUUUCUCAAUGCAGUUGACUAGCAAUAUCCUCAGUCACUGUUGUGCAGUGGAUAUCCAGUAAAGCUAAAAGUAUACCGAUACUAUACUCAUCGAGCUAUGAAUGACAGUAAACAUGGACAUCACCUGGAAUCAACUGUGAUUGCUCUACACUGCAGUGAAAAUUGAGUGGCAUUAGUAGGGAACUGAACCAUGGGAAAAUUUCUACAGCCGUAUACCUGAAGUCCUUUUGAAGUAUUCAAUCUUUUGCUGCAGUCUUGGUUUCUUCGAUUUAUGUGUCUCCACAAUGUUGUUUUUUUGGUGCUAAACUGAGCUGCAGAUAUGGACGUUGAAGCAGCCAUCCAUACCUCCUGCUUGGCAUCAGUGUGGUCCACCUCAUCAUGGUAACAAAAGAUGUGGUCUACAUUAUCCUGGAGCUGGUGAUUGCCGUGCUCUCUGUGCUGGGCAAUGUGCUGGUUUGUUGGGCUGUGUACCUAAACAGCAAUCUGCAGAACAUUACCAACUUCUUUGUGGUGUCACUUGCUGUGGCAGACAUUGCUGUGGGCGUACUUGCUAUACCUUUUGCAAUUACCAUUAGUACUGGAUUUUGCGCUCACUUUUAUGGUUGCCUGUUUAUCGCCUGCUUUGUGCUGGUACUGACUCAGAGCUCCAUCUUCAGUCUCCUGGCUAUUGCAGUUGACCGCUACAUAGCCAUUAAGAUCCCACUCAGGUAUAAUGGUCUGGUGACAGGCCAGCGAGCGCAAGGAAUCAUUGCUCUCUGCUGGGUGCUCUCAGUCAUUAUUGGAUUGACACCAAUGCUGGGCUGGAAUUCUCGAAAACAAGAGAUCAACGAAACGUGCCCAGAAGAAAUGAUGAAAUGCUUUUUCAAAAAUGUGGUAACAAUGGACUACAUGGUUUAUUUCAACUUCUUUGCUUGCGUCCUGGUGCCCUUAUUGUUUAUGCUAGGCAUUUACUUAAGGAUCUUUAUGGCUGCACGGCAUCAGCUCAAGCAGAUUGAACUCAAAGUAGUCCAUGGUGAGAAGUCACGUUCAAUACUUCAGAAGGAGAUUCAUGCUGCAAAAUCAUUAGCUUUCAUUGUUGGCCUGUUUGCACUCUGCUGGCUGCCCCUGCAUAUUAUCAACUGCUUUGACCUAUUUUGUGAACAGUGUGAAAAACCACCAGUAAUUGUCCUAAACCUAGCAAUUAUACUGUCUCAUGCCAAUUCUGUGGUGAAUCCCUUCAUUUAUGCUUAUCGAAUAAGGGAGUUUAGACACACUUUCCGCAAGAUAAUUAGACGCCACAUUUUAGGAAAGAAGGAGCAUUUUUUUAAAGGAACUGGUUGUGGCAAUACUAGCAAUGGCUCAAAACGUGCCAGCAUGGUGGACAAUGCCAGCAUCAAAGCCAAUGGCUUGGCUGUCAAAGUAAACACAGGAAAACAUGACAAUGAAACUGAGCCUAAAAGUACAGAGAAUAACUUGGGAAAACUCACAGAAUACAAAACACAGGUGGUUUCUUAUCAAAAUGGAUACAUUGUGGAACUUCCAUUGCCACCUUUACAAAAACACCCACUCCAACCUCCCAACAGAGAGUCAGGAGAGCCUACAGAGAAUGGAGACACAUCAGAAAUUAAUGUAAACCAAGAAAAAGGACAAGUGCAAACUGAGGUCCAUGUUAACCUGACAUUGCAGGACAAAGAUGUCUGGUAUCCAGAUCUCUCAGAAGUAUCAUGAUUACUGUUGACAGUUUUCUACAAUGUAAAUAUUCAUGCGUUAAAUGUUUGUCUGUUUUUAAAACUACAGUAAACUUUUUAAAUGAGCAACAAUCAAGAUUCAUACUGUACUUUAAGAGUGAAGUUUCAAACCUUAUACAGAAGGUGAAAAGACUAAAGUCUUAACAAAAAGGACUAAUAUUUUAUUUAUACCCCAGGGGGUGUUAUACACAUUUAGAUUUCAAGUGACUCUUUUUAUUUAUUUUGGAAAAAGGAAACAAGAAAUCCAUCACUGUGGGUACAACAGACCUCGUCAAUUAAAAACACUCCAAAAUGUUAAUUUCCUUUACAUUAAAUAACCUCCACGUUUUAUCACAAGAACAGAAAACUGCUUUCUUAUACACUAUAGAGUUGAUGUCAUUAUAUUCUGCAUGUGUUCAUUCCAGUUCAUUCAAUGCACAAAAGGCCUAAAUGUAAACUGAGAACCAAAAUUUAAGAUCACUUAUGUAAAUAAAAGGAAAAUUCUUUGAAAUGGAUCAAAGUAGAUUUUACAUUUUGAAAUAUAGCAAAUUAAAAGAAGUGUUUCUGUAAGUUGUCCAAAAGGUAGAAAAUUAAAAGUACUGUAUUUUGCUAUUUAAGUUGCAUAAAUUUUAACACUUCCUCCUACAUAUUGGGCUAGGAAAAUGGUGUUUCAACAGGGAGGUUUGUGGCUAUGCCUUACUUAUACCGUGUGCUGUUACAGUGUUCGAGUUUUCAUUCAGCUCUCCAGUGUUACAAUAUAAAAUAUAUUUGUAAUCUACUUUAUUUGGUAAUCCAGUGUGGGGGGGUUAAAAAAAAUCCAAAAGCAACAAUGAUGGAUUGAACACUUUUUGCAACUGGUGUACAUGUCUUUAAAAGUUAAAUCUUUCAGCACUUUCACAACACUUUUCUGAAUAAAGAUGCCCUCUUUUUAAUGUAUCAAUUAUUAUGGUCAUAUGUAUACUGAUUUUUGUAUUUUAUUUA